GCCAGUAUCUAUUUCAUUGUGAAUUAUUUAUUAGUGUUGAUGUAAAGAGAAAUCUUCUGUUCAGCAGGAGGACCAAAUUCAUUCCAGCUACAACAAACUCAUGAGUAAGUUGAACAAACCAGGAGUCCCAUAUAUGUUGAGUCUUGCCAAUCGUCUGUAUGGAGAGAAAUCCUAUCAGUUUAUUGAUAAAUUUAUUAGUGACUCACAAAAAUACUACCAGGCUGGACUGGAGUCUGUGGACUUCAUAAAAAACUCUGAAGCUGCACGCGUCAACAUCAACAACUGGGUGGAGAAAGAGACACAAGGGAAGAUCAAAGACUUGCUGGCACAGGGAAUCGUCAAUGAUUUGACAGAUUUGGUUUUGGUGAACGCAAUCUACUUCAAAGGGAACUGGGAGAAAAAAUUCCUAAAGGAAGACACUUUUGAUCAAGAAUUUAAACUGAACAAGAAUGAAACUAAACCAGUGAAGAUGAUGAAUCAGGAGUCAAAGUUUCCUCUGACCUUCAUCCCAGAGGUGAACAGUCAGAUCCUGGAGCUGCCGUAUGUCGGGAAGAAUCUGAGUAUGUUUAUCAUCCUUCCAAAUGAGAUUGAAGAUGACACCACUGGACUUCAGAAGCUGGAGAAAACACUGACCUAUGAGAAGCUCAUGGAGUGGACCAAACCUGACAACAUGAAUCUACAAGAAGUUCAAAUAUCUCUUCCUAAAUUCAAGCUGGAAGAAACUUAUGACAUGAAGAAUCUGCUGGUGAAACUGGGAAUGCUGGAUGCUUUUGACAAGGGGAAGGCAAAUUUUUCAGGCAUGUCCCCCCAAAAUCUGGUGGUGUCUGAGGUGAUUCAUAAAACCUUUGUUGAAGUCAAUGAAGAGGGAACAGAAGCAGCUGCGGCUACUGGCGUUGGCAUGAUGCUAAGAUGCUACACGUUUCCAGAGAUCUUCAAUGCUGAUCAUCCCUUCCUGUUCUUCAUCCGACACAAUCCCACCAACACCAUUCUGUUUUAUGGACGCUUUUGCUCUCCAUGAGCUCUUUCUGGUAAAGAUGAUGUGAUUCAUAUUACCAGCACUGAUGAUAUUUUUGUUAAGGGGGUAAAAUUUAGUGGCGGCUGGUGCUAAAAAAAAUUUGGGGGGCGACUUUUAUUGUAGUAAUGCAGGACUAUAAAUAGCUUUUUAUCAGAUAAUGAAUAUCAUUACUGCUUAGCUAAAAUGCUGAAAAUGUUACUGUUCAAGUCAACUGUUAAAGCGUGAAAUAAAUGUACUAUGAAUCUGUGAAUUUGAGUAUAAUGUGGAUUUAUUCUCAGUAACAAA